AGGGGAAAUCAAUAUCGACAUCUGGCAACACUGCCUAUUCUGACAACACUGGAACAAAUGAAACAUGGCGAGUCUUGGCCACGAAAAUUAUUCGAAUAAUCCCGAAGUGGAAAACACAUCCAAGCGAGCCGACAGCCGCGAGGGCAGCGCCGAGCGUAAAGGCACUUCAUACUCUCUAAAAUUAACUCCAGCCGCCCACGCACUUAAAUCUACAUUCGCAUCAUCCAUGUCGGAGGCCAAGAUCUCCGCCAGCGGCGUCAGCGCCGGCGCAACUUUGCAUUGGUUUGCCCAGGUGGGCGGGCAAGGCACCACCACUGCCACCAGUCCAGGCACUAGCAACGGCGGUGAAGACGACUCUCAAGCGUCCAAAGACCGGGAGGAGAAGCUGAGGUACGCCCGUGACCGACAGAAUGAGGAGCGACAGCGGAAGAUCGAGGAACUGCGCGCCCAGGCAGAGGCCGCCCAGAGGUAUCGGGAACAGAAAGAGGAGGAGCGUCGGCGCCGCAUCGAGGAGAUUCGCGUCCGGGACACAGAAAAGCGCCACCAGGUGGAGGAGCGCAAGAAGGCCAUAGUCGAGGCAGAAAAAGAGCGUCGCGAGUACAUCCUCAAAAAGAAUCUAGAACGCGACUCCCGAAUAGAAAUCAAGAAGCGGGACAGAAACUCUAUUGGCUUUGCGUUCGGAUCUUCGACUCCUCGCCUGCUGGAUGUGCCCGCGGAUUAUGGUCUGGUAUCGCCCAGUGCCUUUUGGGGUCAGCGGAGGUCCACAUCCAUAUCAAACGUUGCGGGCGCCACGCUCUCACGUCGAAGUUCGGAGCGAGAACUUGCCGACAGUGGUGCUAAGAAGCGUGCCUCAUCCUCGACGGAUCGACACGAUGAUCACCGACGUAAAUCUUCGUCCAUGUACGAGGUGUUCAAUUGGGGCUAUUCCAAUGACGAGCCGCCCAAGCGCUUCUCGCUCUCCAUUGCCGGCAGCGAGAUCAAUAUCGAUGGGCCGGCGGCGGCGCGUCCUCCAGUGCCCACAUCUUCUUCUGCCUCCAAACAGACAGCGCACAGACCCCAUCCACCAACUACAACUACUACAACAACAACAACAAGCACCACAACUACAGGCCAAAACUACAACCAUAACUCGUAUCGUAAGGAAGAUAACGUUGAUACAUCAGCGAUGGUGUUCCGAAGCGUUUACCGCAGGAAAACGGACCUCAUGCCGACAAUACCCAGCCCCCGAGACGGGCAUUAUGGUUCGCGAGGCUCCCUGAGCACCACGCCGGCCAGAACCCCAGGACGCGCCUACUCGAUGAACCGCCUGGACCAGCUGGCGCAACCCAUACGCCGCAACGGAGAGCAUGUGCGGGCCAUACUGGAGCGGGAGCGACGCGAACGGGAACUGGAGAUGCUAGACGAGACCUCCUCCCUCGGCGGGGGCCGGCGCAGUGCGUCCGGCAGUGCUCGCGCUCGACGGGCGGGCAGUGCCGGUAGUGGUAGUUCCAGUGCUGCCGGUAUCAUGUCCCGCAGCAUGACCCACUUGGCUGGUGGCAGCGCAGGAGGAGGAGGAGGCUCGCGUGGAAAGUACUCCCUGGGCGGAGGGAUCUCGACCAGUUUCCGGCCAUUGGGCAGCGGAGCCGGAGGGCAGCGCGACUCGACCAGUAAGAGCAUGACCCAGAUUAGCAGUUGGUCGGUUUAUGGCAGCACCACCUCGACACCACCCAACAACCACCACAAUCUGCACCGCCAGUCCACACUUGGGCUGCAAACAGCGGCAACUAAGAAAUACCUCCAGUCAUCAUUUGCCUCAGCCUCAUCCGCAUCCUUCCGCUCGAACGCGAACCUAAAAACGACCGGGCGUGGCCAGCAGCAGCAAUAUGCGAUCUCUACUAACCCCCACAACCACCACCACCACCGUUUUCUCGAUCUCGAUCCCAACUCAUUGUUGCUCAUGAACUCUGCUAGUUUGUUAGUGAAUGCAGGCUCGCGAUCGGGAAAUGCCACGCCCGGUGGACACUUCAACAGCUCAAGGCCCGGCAGCGCCAUGUCCACAUCGACAAAUAUGUCCACAUCCGGUCUGGUCAACAGGCGUCCGGCCACAGCGCCCAGGAAGCCAAGGCCCGCCAGUAUCGCUGGCACGGGCAUGUCUCUUGAGGAGAUAAACAAGCUUAAAAAGGAUCAGAAGCCGCCCGUUAAAACGACAGCCGCCUCGCCGUCCGCACAAACGACCCCCAAACGAACACAGAACCUUAUGUCCACCUCUAUGAUUGUGACCUCCAGCUCAUCCCGGCAGAGUGCCGAAAAGAAAACUCCCUCAAAAAGAGAACCCUUGGUGCCGAGGGCAGCAUCAGCUUCAAAGGCUCUGCCAAAUCGCACCGCAAGCUCAGAACGGAUCAGCCGGCUCAGCAGGGAGCCAAAAACCAAGGAUACCUCUGCCAUGACGAGGUCUAUGAUCGUCACCAGCAGCAGUACUACAACUACCACCACAAAAGUAGCACCAGCUCCUGCUCCUGCUCCCGCACCCGCUCCUGUGCCCGUCGCAGCUCCAGCUCCGGAACAGAAUGGAGUGGCUAAGGUGGUUGAAACACCUGCACCCGCAGAGGUGCCAGUACCAACGGUUGCAGUUACUGCCGAGACUCCCGUUGCUGCUCCGGCAGUGAGCAAGGCCGAGAAGGAGGCCUUGAACUCCGAGAAGACGGAGGAAGAGGCACGUCAAGUGGAGACAGCUGCUCCUGUGCCAUCAGAGCCAGAGCCCGUAACACAGAUUGCCUCGGCUAAUGUGGAGGAGAAGUCCGAUGAGGGCACGGAGAAGGAAUCCAGCCCCAAGCCCCAGGAGCAGGUUGUUGUCAGCAAACAGUCGCGCAGCAAGGAGAACUCGGAGGUGCGAGAGCUGACGCCGCCAGAGGGAGCUGACCUGAUGACAGCAUCGAUGAUGGCCAAAAAGAUCACGACCGAGGAGGAAGCGAAGGCCGCAUUGGCCGAAAGACGACGCCUGGCCCGCGAGGAGGCCGAACGACAGGCGGAAUUGGAACGCCAACGACUGGAGGCGGAGCGCCUGGCCGAGCUGAAGGCUCAGGAGGAGGAGGCCGAGCGCCAGCGCCUUUUCGAGGAAGAAUCUAUGCGACUGGCCGCGGAGCAGCGCCGUGGUGAGGAGGAGCGCCUGCGCAAGGCCAUCGAGGAAGCACAGCAACGCGAGGAGGAGGAGCAGCGUAAGCGUGAGGACGAGGAACGACAGCGUGUGGAGCGUGAGGAGGCCGAGAAGAAGGCCAAGGAGGAGGCGGAGAAGCAGCGCGUCGAGGUGGCCGAGCGACUCAAGCGUGAGGAGAAGGAGCGCGAAGAGCGCCGCAAGAGAGUCGAGGCGAUUAUGUCGCGCACCCGUAAAGGAGGAGCCGCAGCUCCCUCCAAGGAUGCUAGCGACAAAGCAGCUCCUGCAGCCACGGCACCUGCGAACAACAGUAGCAGCAACAGCGACACCAACAGCAGCAACAAUUCGGCUGGUGGUUCGCCCAGUUCUGCAGAUGCCACACCCACGCCAAAUGCAACGCCUGCUGAAACAGUAACUGCCUCAGAGCCGCCCAACAGCCAGGCGAUGUAUGAGCAAUCGGUGCUAGAUAAGGAGAACUCGCUCAUCAACAGCUUAUCGACGAUGAUAAUCGACGAGAAUGCCAAGAAUCUGCAGCAGGUUAGCAACGGCAAGUUGUUGGCCGACUUCGAGGGAAGCAACACAGUCCCAGCGGUGGCCAAUGGCAAUGGCCACAUCGAGAAUGUCAACAACAAAAACGACAUUAACCUCCUGCAGGAUGCUGUCGCCCCAGCUGCCACUCAGCUGAUCGACCUGAGUAUCGAGUCACAAGAUCUACACUUGAACAAUAACAACAGCUUGCUGACGAGCACAGCGGCAACCACCACGCUAGUCACUGCUGAUAGUCACGAGAAUAAAGAUAUAUCGUUGCUGUGAAUUGGAGGAGAAAACCAAACCUGAUUGUUUUCUAAACCUAAAUCUUGAUAUAGCUAAAUGUGUGUGGAGUUGGAGUAUUUAUUAAUAGGAUUGAGAUCUACAUAGGAAUGCGAAUGCAAAUGCGAGUGGAGAGUGCGACAAAUUAUGGUUACUAAAAAGAGGAAAACAUAAAAGCUUAUAAAAACCUAUAUACAUAAACGUAAAGAUUAUAUAGAUAGAUCUGAAUCGGAAUCGGAAUCGGUAUCGGAAUCAGAGCCGGGAUUGAGGGUGAGCCUGUUUGGGGCGCGUAUACGAGAACGAAUACGAGCUGCAGCAAGUUAAAAUUAGUUAAGAACUAAGACAAACACUAAAAGGAAAGGAGAAAAUGCGAGAGUUAUGGGAGAUGAACUGCCCGAGAGUCGGGGGGAUCCUUUGCGAAGCAAUUCUAUAUCAAAGAAAUCUGUUUGUAAAGCAUAAAAUCUAAGCUAAAGAAACAAAAAAGGAAACAUUUGAUGCAAUUUCUAAUCUAAUUAAAUUAUGAACUCGCUUCAAAAGUUGAAAGUGCAUGCUUACAUUGAGUAUAACUUGAGCCUGCAGUUGGACGCAGGAUGAGCGCCGACGAAGCGCAUCGUAUAUAAUUGAAAAUUAUAUAAAAUUAGUAGACACAACCCCCCUAGUUUAAAGAACAAUGCGAGAUUCAGCGGAUCACCCGGAGAUUCAGAUUGUGUGGACCGGGCCCGAAGCGAGAGCAAUAAAGGAAGGAAGGAAUCGAAGAUGCAGACGCGGUAUCGACAUACCAUUAUAACAUGAAACCCCCAUCCAUAUAGGAAUCCGCAUCCACAGCGCCUCACUGCUGGGCGGGCACCUGCUCCCCGCUUAUAUUUUUGCCCAACUUUGCACAGUUGUUCUGUAAGUUAAGUUUACAACGUUGAGCCAACGAAUCGUGCGGUAUUAUUUAUUAAAACAAAAAAAACAAAAACAAAAUGAAAAUGGAAAAAAAUAGAAAAAGGAAAAUUCAAUUGAAAUUAUUUGCUGAUGCUUAUACCGAUAUACUGAUACUGUUUGUAGUGAGAGGAGCAGCUCCACAUAGGUUGCCUGUAAACACAAUCAAAGAUAGAAACAAACAAACAGUCAUGAACACACGGAUAUAUGUACAUCCAUAAAACACCCACUGUAAUCACAGAUGUCAGUGCUUGAUAUAUAAAACGAAAACGCCUAGGACUAUAGUGGAAUGGGAGUUAUGAACUGUUUCGAGUGUACUACUAUUCGUAGAAGGAGUCUAAAAUCUGAUUAUGCUUAUGUCAUGUUUUUUUUAAUUGUAGUCAAGUUCUCUGUAUAUUGUCUAUUUUUUGCGUCUACGUAUAUAUAUUUUGGUAACAAAUUUUUUAUAUAUAUAUUAUACACAUUUAUAUUUGUAAUUUGUAUUUAUCCAUGUGCAAAAAUAAAUUAUAUGAUGAUUAUUUUUAAAACCGUCGUCAAACGUCCCCCCUGAUCAAGAGCAUGAAUAACAGAUUGUAAAAACUAUCUCGAUUUAUAUGUAAUAUCCCCCCCUACCAUGUCUACGAAACACCACACACACACAACACACACCCACUUGUAUCUGAGCGAAAGGGCCUUAACAGUUAGUAGGAUGCAUGAUCGAUAUAUAUCGAUUAUAGAAUGAUAGAUCAAACAGAGUUAAAGAGAGAGAGAGAGUUAUCGUUCGAGCGUUUCGCAUGCGGAAACCGUUAAUAGAUUAAUAUAUAUAUUAUAAUGGCAAUAUGUGUAUGCAACUAAUAAACUCUAACUUUUAGUAAAUUACUGCUUUCCUAUGUUGUAAACCUAAUGGAGAUAUAAUCAAAAACAAAAAAGAAUUAAAAGACAACCCACAUGUCACAUGCCACACACUCAAAAAUGUGUUAUGCUACCACACGAAGCUGCAUAUAAAAACAGAAACCUUUUAAGAUCAAGCUGAAUUAUGUAUAUUUAAUAUUAUAUAUCAAAAAGUACAUAUACACACACUCACACACAAACCCCCAACACGACAAACAGAACAACAAAUUAUACAAGCAAUUCCCCUAUUUAUUUAGAUCCACACUAAACACUAAAGAAAUUCGCUUCUUAUCGUAAAAUUAAACAAAAAUAAAAAAAAAAAAAAAAAACAAAACAAUUGCAUAAUUUAUAUGAUUA